UGAAAUUAUUGAGAUAUGAAUAUAGGUGUUUGGUUUUCACUGGAAGCACUUUACCUGACGGGAGUGGCAGAAUGCUUGGAAUGUUUUUCUUGUCUAAACAUUACUGAUCCCAAUGAUUGUCGAGCGACUACUCAGUGUUCGAGUGGACAAGUACUGUGGUCACAUUCAACGCUCACGGACUCAACAUUUUGGUCAACAAGGUCAAUGCAUUUCCCUACUGUGAUCUCUAACGAAGGAAAUGCCUACAACCCGAACACUGGUCACUUCACUGCACCUGUAAACGGCUUGUAUUACUUCACAGUCCAAAUAUGCCAAAAUCCCAACUAUUUUAUUAAUUUCUACAUAGAGAAAGGAGAUGCAAGCAUGAGCGGAGCGACACGUCUGUCAAAUGCUAUGAGCCAUGGAAACGGCUAUUCAUGUACAACGAGUUCCACAUCAGUGAAGCUACACUGGAAUGAGCACGUUUUGGUGUUAAUGGCGUCUCAAUAUGACAACUCCGUUAUAUAUGAAAGUACGGAUGCUCGGAACCAAUUUACUGGUACACUUAUUCAAGAAGUUUGAUGAAUAUGUGUG